AUGAAGGAUAUUGAAGGAGGAGUAAAGAGAACCGUCGACUCUGUUCACGCUGCUGUCACUCUGUUCGCACGGCCGUCUCCUCUGUUCUGCCUCUGUUCGUCGCUCGUUCUGUCGUGCCCAGGAGAAGACGAAGGUGAAGAAUGGUGCUGUCACUCUGUCUCACUCACAGGUCCCUGUGCGCCGCUGGUUCUCGUGUGCGUCGCGUCUCCAGCCGCGCCUCCCGCGUGUGUGUGCUCUGUUCGCUUGCGUCUUCCGCCUCGUUCAGCUCGUUCAGCGUCGCAGAAACCCUCAGAAAGCUCUCUCACUAUCAUUUACAGGGUCUUUAAGGCAGCCAUUAAGAAGGGCAAAUUGUCAUACCCAUCUUCAAAACAGGGUUAUAACAAUGAAGGUUCAGAUGGUUUAUCAGAAGAUCUCUUUUAUGAGAAAGAAAAUGGCGAGGUUCACUUGUUGCCACGUCAUCCAUCGUUUUUGUUGUUCUUAGACAGGGCUGCUAUGAUGAACAACUCCGAUGGUGAAGAGAAAGUAGGAAAAGGAGAGGUUUGCACAGUCGUGCAAGUGAGAGACGCCAAGAACUUUUAUCUUAUUAUUCCCUUAGGAAUCACCCUCUUCGCAUACAACUUGGUUUCUGCUUCUGGUAACACUUACUUUGUUCUGCAAGCAAGCAACUUGAGUUCUUAUUCCAUUGGCGGUUUCGAUGUUCCUAUCAUGGUUUUCUUUGCAAUCAAAUCUCUUGUUACUUUUGCGGUCCGAAUAAUCCAAUCAAGAUAUAAAGUGGUGAGACCACUUUGGAGUAUGGGUGUUGGGAUGUUUUGCUUAGUACUUUGCUGUAUUGCAGCUUGGCAAGUGGAAUGUCGUAGGCUGUCUUUGAUUAGGUUUCUAAAAAAACCAAACGAUAAGAUUCCCAUAAGCAUCAUGAUUUUAACUCCACAGUAUUUCUUGCUAGGGCUAAUGGAAGGAUUUGCGGAGGGUGGGCUUGAGAAUUUCCCGAGUGAUCGUUUGUACUCUUAG